CACAUUUUCAAAUGUUGCGUUACGGCAUUAGGGAAAUCCUCAUUCAUUUCGGCUUAUUAUCUGUAUGACUCUCGUAAAAAUUAUUCUGAACAAAACCACAUUUGCUGUUGUACAACCCAACUAUGUGGAGUCCUGAAAGGAAAAUUGCCAUUAAGUUGGUUCUUCUCACUAUAUUUACUCAAUCAUCUUGGUCCGGUUUUCAGUUUCUUACAAACCAGUUUAUAUACUACAGGUUCCUCAAGGAUGCAGGUUUGCCCUACGAACCAUCUCCACAAAACAAAUCUGUUCCCGAUCAUGAUAAAGAAUUGAAAGAUGAAGUUCAAAAGAAAACUGCACAUUUACUUCCUUUAUUGAGCGCUUCAGUAUUGAUACCUGGAAUUUUAUCAUCAUUCCUGAUUAGUUCACUUUCUGAUCAUUAUGGUCGACGUGUAGCAAUGGGAGUUUUAUUUGCCGGUUUAACUUCGAACGUAAUUAUUUCAUCGUUUGUAAUUUUACUGGACCUGAAUUUAUACUUACUAAUUCUGGGAAAUUUAACGUGUGGUUUUCUUGGCGGAGGAUUGCUUACGUUUUCAGGUCAAAUUUCCGUUUGUUUCGCUGAUAUUACUAAGGUUCCUGAUGAACAAGAGCCAUUAAUAGAUAAAUCUAAACACAAACAAGCUUCUCUGGAACGUAAACGUCUUUUGUAUAUGGGGAUUUACGAUGGUGUAUGUGUUUUAGCUGGUGCCGCAGCAGUAUCAGUUACAGGUGUUCUUAUCGACCGUUACAGUUUCAUUAUAACUUGUUUGAUAAUGCUAUUUCUUUGUUUAAUAUCGGUGGGAGUACUGUGGUGUCUACCAGAAACACAGUCUUUCAACAUACAAACAGCUGAUCUUUCUUCUUUUGAUAAUAAUUGCAAUACCAAUGUUUCUACAUGUAACAUAGACUUUCAUGCAUCUAAUCAAUCAGAACCAUCUAGGAAUAACUGGCUUUUGAAGUCAAUUGAGAUGAUUAAUCUCAUUCGAAGUGCCAAUACAAUCAUAGUUUUCAUCUUUAUAGUUUUGUUUCUAACAACAUUAACUACCUACAAUGAAGGCCAGUAUACAUUUUUGUACCUCAUGGGACCUCCAUUCAAUUGGUCUGUUGAUCAACUUGGCUACUUUAGUGGAUUAAAUGCUACUCUUUUGGGUCUAUUGUCUUUUGGAUUAACUUGGAUUACUAUUCGUUGGAUGAAAGUGGUUAAACGGCGCCGAAUAUCUGAAUCAUCACAACCUUUACUCACCAAUCAGUCAAAUUCCGAUUACAAUGCUAUUUCUGAAAUCGAUUCAAUUGAUCUUACUAAUAACAAUAGUAGUAGCAGUAAUAGCAGUAGUCCAUCGAAUUCUAUUAUUCAAAAUGAAGUAUUACGAGCACGUCGACGUAUGAUUAAGUAUUUAAUAUGUGGAAUGUUUGCAAUUGUAGUGAGUAAAUUGCUCAUGGGAUUAGCUUUUUUGCUUCCUUCGCCUGGUCAUAAUAUUCUCGUAUUUGUUAGUCUGUUUGUAUGUAUGUUUCGAUCAGCUGUUGUACCAGUAAUCAAAUCAUUCACAUCAUCUCUCUAUACUUCCAAACUCCAAAGCAGUUUAUUCUCUGUAAUUGCACUGUCGGAAUAUUUGGGUCUUCUUAUUGGCACUGCUAGUUUACCGUAUAUUUAUGCAGCUACUGUCACAUUUUGUUCUGGUACAGUGUUUUUUGUCUCCUCAGGAUUAGCUUCCAUUGCUUUUAUUCUUCUUUUAUUUGUUUCACGUUAUACAAAAAGGCAGAUAAGAAAUAUUGACUACAAUCAAUCGAAUAUUGUCGAGAUUAAUUGAUACUCUGUUAUUGAAUUGAAGCACUAUUAAUUCACCAGACAAUAUUAUUAUUAAUUAUUAUUAUUAUUAUUAUUAUUAUUAUUAUUAUCAUGUAUGGCCAAUCAUAUUGGGACUAAUCUCUGUUUCGUUUUUUCUAUGUAAAUAAUUGUCUUUCGUUUGUUAUUGUUAAUUUUUAUAACUGUUUUCUUUUUUUUUAAAUUUUUGAACAGUAAUCUCAAGUAAAUUUAUUUUGUCUCAUUUCUUGACAAUGAAUUAAAGAUCUGAUUGAAAUUUGCUUUUUAUUUUAGUAUAAUAAAUAAAUUAUGUGUUGAAAAU